UUCAACUUUUAUCAGUUCUUUCAUGUGUUUUAAUAUGAUUUUUUAGUACUUGCUGUAAUAAUUUAUUUAUCAGCGAUCUCGUUGAUAUUUUUCCUAUUAUUUUGAUUGCAAAUAUAUUACUUAGUACGUUUGUUGUGUUCUGUGAUUGGUUUGUGAAUUGAAAAGGGUCUUGUUCAUUAGCUAUAGGCGAAAAAAGAUUUCUCGUAGUCGGUACAAAAUCACAUAGAUACUUAAAACAGUAAGAAAAAAAUUGAAUUAGUAGUUUUCCAAUUUGAAUUAAACAAUUUGUAAAAUGAAUUUCAGGAGGUUCAACUUAUCCACAUUGUACAACAUAUCAUUGUUUUUACACUGACCGAAUUCGACCUAAGUGUGAUAUUGUGAAGUCUCCGGGAAUGUUGGGCGGUCAAUACAAAAUUGCUACAGUCUCUUUAGUUUCAACCAGGGCUGAAUUUUGUUGCUGUUAUUUCUGAUGGUGUUUACAUAUUUAUAGAGUUGCAUCUCUGCUUUAGUUGUUCUUUCCAGUUUAUUUGAGCUUAGUAUUUUCUUUGUUCUGUUUUCAAGCUUUGACGUGUUGGUUUUUAUAUAACAUGUAGAAAACCUGGAUGAAGAGAUUAUGGAUUUAAAACCGCUGUACGAGGGUGUUUAUCUUUUACUGGAGUAACUGUUUAUAGAAGAGCAUUUGAGAGUGUCAAUUGUAGUGUACAUUAACUACUUCUGGAUUUCAAUCCUCAUGGCUGAACACACUCACUGCCUUACUGAUGCAAAAAUUGGAAAACCUAGCCAAUUUUACCAGCCUUCGUGGAUGUCUCAUUGGGUUCAACAAAGAAAUAACUUGAAACCACAGGUUCAUAAUUGCGUUGUUGGCAAUGAUGAGAGCAGGUUAACUGAUUGGGAUUCCAAUCAGGCUUCUACAUUGUCCGUAGACAAGGGUGCAUGUGAUAUUCCUGAAUACAAGAAUACUUGGAGGUACGAAGGAGACAUUGAUGUAGCUUCUGAUGUUCCUCAAUCACUUAAUGAAUAUGGAGCUGCAAGUAAAACUAGAAGACUUGCACAUGUGAAAAUGUUUGUGAACACGGGAAACUUAAACAGCGCAAGAUCAGAAUUAAGGCCCUUUCCAGUAUCCAACUUCAACCAGAAAAUGACGAAUGUAUUGGCUCUAAAGAAAGAGCAAUCUGUUAGAGAAAGUUAUACAUCUGGGUUUCAAACCAAUGACUACUCUGAUCAUGGUUGUGACCAUCUUUUUCUCUCAACAAUGCUUGAAGUUCCUAAUUUGCCAGACUUACCACCAAAAGUGUAUCGGUCUCCUCAAGAAUCACUACAAGUCUGCAAGCACUCGGUAAUAACUCAGCCUAUUUCGAGACCUUCCCAAGAAGAUCUUCCGGGUCCGAAUUUCAGUUUAAUGCAGCAUGGGUUCAAACUAGGUGAAACGUCAGGCCAGUCCUUCCCGCGCAGAAAGCAAGAACCUAAUACGUCAAGCUCCUACAUACAAUCCAGAGAACACAAAGGAAAUGCUAAACUUUCUCAUCCCGAACAGGUUUGCAAUUACCAUGGUGGUUCUAUGGCUUUGUUGUUUGAUAAUUCGAACGAUAAGCAGUAUGUGCCUCAAAGUUCUGGUAAUGUAUACUCUAGACAGAAUAAUGCUUCUCAUCCACCGCAUGAUCAUUCAACUAGGGAUUUCCCCUCCCCCAGUUUUGGUGGAAAGCAAGUUGGACAGAAUACUGGUUUUUCUAAUAUUGGAUUCUUGCCAGAGUCUUUUAAGUCAUUCCACCAUUUGUUGGUUGCAAAGACUGAUGUCCACUUGUAUAAGAAAGAUUUGAUGGUAACGGAGUCAUCGGCAGUGUCCACUGAAUACCAAGGAAACACAUUAACUGAGCUAAAAAAUAAAGAUGUUGGAGAUAGGAAAUCUGGUUCUUUGAGCAUAAAGAAUGAAUCAUCAGCUGAGACAGAAACCAUGGAUAUUGAAACUCAUCAAAAGCGCAACUACUUUAUGGGCAUGGCUUCACCACCAGCAAACAAGGAAUUCACUGUGGGUUCAAAUCCGGCGCAGUUUUUUCUAUCAAAAGACAAAGCUGGAAGAAGAAUGAUAGAAAUGAAGUUACUUGAUUUAAACCAGAAGCCUGCAUCCUUUUUAACAUCAGCAAGGUCAAUGGAGAACAUGGAUUCGAGCACAUCCAGAACUGAGAGUUUUGAUGCGGACCUUAUCCCCUUCCAUGUUCCAAAACAUGACAACUGGCACACCAAUCUGAAAGAAGAUAGCAUUUAUGUAGGUCUGGAUCCAAGCAGCCAACAAGCAAAGCGUCUCAAACUAACUCCUUCAGAUUUAAUUGGUCAUGGUACCACCAAUUUUAGAAACGUAGAUGCUCCAUCUAUUGCAAAAGUUGGUAAGCAAUUGAAACAGAGUUCGAACUCCAGUGAAACUAUCAAGGAACAAUCCAUGUCCGGUAAAAGUUUUACUAAAGAAGAUAUGGAGAUGGGUAAAACCGUGUUGUCAGGAAAUGGGGUACCCACUUCUAAGAACCUAGCGAAGGGACGGUGGGAUGUAAUGCAGUCAAAUCCAUGGAUUAGGAGAUGGCGUCAUAAUGUAACUGCAGCAUCUUUGGCCAAGUCAACAGAACCAGUGAAUGGUAAGCCACAAUGUUCAAAGAAAUCUCUAGAUGAGUUUCAGACGAAGCAGCUACCAAGCAUUGCGGCUAUGGCAUUGUUGGGCAAAGCAAUGACUGGUGUCCAGGAAUGUGAGUUCACAGAUAGGGGAUCUUUUGUAGUCUGGAGUACAGGGUAGUAGGGGGGAAAACAUGCUAACUAGGGUCUGCAUAAAUCAAAGGUAUCUGCCAAGAAACACUAGCUGUAUCUGUGCUAAAUUCCUAUAAUAGUAAGAGGUUUGUUUCUAAAAAACCAAUUUAAAUACUUCAAGAAUGACGCAGAUUACUUCAAUAGCGUAAAAUUUAUG